AUGAUGCGACCGGAAGCCAUCGCCGAAGAGCCCACUUUAUUGACGUCAAAAUCGCCUGUGGGGGAUGUGAAAUCGGUCCCCGAUGUCAGUCAGUCAGUUCCAAGAAGUAGGUCUCGCAUUUAUGCACGUUUUUUCCUUGCUGAAAUUCAUGCUUAAUAACUAUCCUUACAAUUAUCUCUAUUUUGCAGGGAAGGUAGGAUAUUAAGAUGCAUUUGGGUCACUGUGCAUAACCUUUUAAUCGAGAAUCCGCAGGGGAUAAAAUCCGUGUCUCACGGUGAUUGUGACAGAAAAUACAUAAUUCCUCCAUGCCUUAAGUUAGUUGAGACUGAGUCCCAUCGGCUAUGGGGUCGCAAAGCUAAUUAUGCAACGUCUCCAAGUUUAAACGGUAUAAUAGGUUUUUAGGCUGAAACGCAUAUGUUCCCAUCUCCAGGACGAUGCAUAUGAAAGUUUGGUGAGGAUUUCUGGCUAAACUUUACGAAAUGCAUUACAUACAAGGGCAGGGCAAACUCCCAUGACCAACUCCUGCUUAUUUGCCUCCAUCAGCCAGACCAGAGGUUAGAAAGUCAAGCCCGCGGACCCAAGCAUAUUAAUCGAAGUAGGCGUUCUACCACUAAACAACAGGCUUACGCCCCGUCAUCGUCUUGAGACAGCCAUUCCAAUGUCUCGUGUUUUGCUGCCGAUACGCCUCGGAUCUUGUUUACUCGUUACUAUGCAACCAUCCGCCAGCGUCCUAGACAAAAAUUCCGGAGUAAACAUUAGUGCGCAUAUCCAUUCCUGCCAUCAACCCAUGCCGGGGAAAUUCCCUUGCUCAUGAUUAAUCCUUUCAUAGGAAGCAUAUCUCCUUGUCUACGGGGAUCUUCGGAGAAAACCUUGCUUUUCGCUGCUCUUCUUGAACUAUUCUGACCACAUCCAUGUCCUUAAAUUUAUUCUUUUUUCUUUGGCUUAUGUAGAUGGGGAAGCAGGCUACAGGACGGGUUUCGGGAAAUUGCUGCUAGCCUGAUGUUUCUCAUUCAUACACGAACCCAUCAUCAGAGGCAGCAGUAGAUUAGGGUACUACAUGCACAAGCUGUGCCGAAUUCAAAGGAUGCAGUUGCCUAUCAUAAUCAACCUCUUCCGGAUUAAUCGACGGGGCUUGUACCUAUUGAAUGAUUGCUUGAUCAACCCCAUCCGAGGGGUUAGUGACUGCAGUUUUAUCAUCGAUGGUGGUUAUUGAAGUGAUGAUUUUGCGUCCGCGAGGGUUGCGAAUUUGGGAUCGUGCAGCCAUUUCAUACUGUAAAUGCUCACAACCGGUGAUCGAUCUCAUGAAAUGUUAGCCGAAAUUCUGAAAUACCUUGUUGAUUAGGAAGGAGUACUUAAGUUUAAUUGUAAUAUUAAUUACCGUGUAGCCUAAUCCCAUGAAAUUUCAGGCAUAGCAGGAUGCUGACUUUUAAAUGUACCUCCUUUCGAAUAUAUUCUACAGAAAGCAUGGUCAAAAGUAUUUUCACCUGUAUUCAUCUGUUACUGCACUGGGUCUCGUAAUUUUUCAGACGAAAAAGGAUUUUUUGCGUAUUCAUAAACGUUUUUAGUUCUCAAAUAACUCUGAUUCCUUCUGCCUUUUUCACGUUCGGGGUUUUCGGUCUCCAUGCUGUACACAUUCCGUUCAAAUAAAAUCAGACACUCCUGCAUGCGAUUAAGAAGAUAUUAUUUAGGACUCAUGAAAUUGUGUAAUGAAUAUCAGUUAUAUUCAAUAUUUCAUGACGAGCAAUAAUAAACAUGCUCUUUGAUUGGGCAUCAUAUGGUCCUAAAAAUUUCAUAAUUAAAAACUUUCUAAAACCGACUGAUGCCCUUUUUCUUACAUAAAAUUCGAUGACGCAGUUUGCUGCCAAAUGAUUAUACGAGAAGAAAUGUUUUCCUGCCUGUUUUCAAUUAAAUGUAUUGAGAUUUAUAAGGGCAUCUAAAAUCAAUGUAAAGAUUGCAUGCUACCUGAUUAGUCGCCUGCGAAGUAAUGUGUUUCAAACAUCCUUUGGGCCAUUUUGUCAUGCGUUUUCAUUGAAUAAUCGAAAAGUGCAAUGGUGGACGAAACUGCCGAGACUUGGCUUGGUUUAUGUUAGAAUUUAUUAUAAGGGACGGUGGUCUCUAUAGUCCAUCUGGUAAACUAUCGUGUGCAAAGCGGCGAUAUUUCCUAUGCGGUUUUCUCUUCUGCGGGCUUCUAGGCACGCCCACUCGGUUUAAUCAAGACCUCGUCAGGGUGGACAGUCGACGGAGGAUGAUGCGACCGGAGCCCAUUCCGGAAGAGCCUACUUCGUCGGUCCCGACGUCUCCUGCCGAUUCUUCGCAGAAACCCAUGGAAGAUAUAAAAGCGACCGAGGCUAUGACUGAAGCACCAUUAAGAAGUGAGUGUCAGUUUGAUCCACCCUUUCCUAAUUUCGUACUGAAUCCGGGUGCUCCCUGAAUUUUCUGCCGCCCCUACGUUUGUGAAUCCUGUACAUUUACUUCAAGUACAUGCAGCAUCUCUGCACGUACUAACUUUGUCUGCUCUCUCCAACUAGGUUCACCCUCAAAGGUACUCUCAGCGUCCUUAACAAUGGAGAAUGAAGACAAACUGGCUCAACCACCGGUUGACGAAACAGGACCAAAGGUGUCGGACUUCGUUUUGGAGAGCGCCAGUUCUCAGCAGAGUCGCACUGCAGUCGACACUUUACCAAACCUCACAGUUACGGCCCCGUCAGUUCCAGACGCUAAUGUGCUGCCUACCGUUAUUUCCGUACCGGAAGCAGUUGUGGCGUCCUCAGCUCCGUCAACUUCACAGGAGAAAGAGGAGGCCAGAUCACAAACUUCUGACGUCGAUGACGACGUCAAGUCCGACGUCCCUGCGGAGGACAGCAAGGUACUCUCGACAACCAAUUUAACCGCUCCUAUUUCGACAGACGCCGCCCAAACCCAGCCUCCUGGCUCUCCACAUGGAGUUCGGAACCAGAGGUCUUUGGAGGAGGAGUUUAAACUAGCUGAGACGAACUUCUUACCACCGGUUACCACUGCAGCUUCUGAUGUGGGUUUUAAAACCGGAGCUGAAUGUACCCGUAGCAGCCCGUUAGGGUCCACUGCGGACCAGGUUGCUCCGUUGCAGGUCCUAGGUGAGCCGAAAUCCCUGCAGGGCACGCAGCAGGCGAAAGAUGACCACCGUCAUGGCCAGAAGGAAGAGGGUGGGAAAGAAGAGUCUGAAAGCUCUAAAGAAGAAGCAAUAAAGGACGAGCAUAUUGAGGACAAUGAUAAGGAUGAUGACGACGAUGAUGAUGAUGGUGGUGGUGAGGUGAAGUCAGAAUCCCAAGCCUCAUCAGACAGCAAUUCGGAGCAUUCUCCAGUCGGACUUAGCCAACAGGGUGCGCCUACGCUGCCUCAUUCCGGUAUCGGGAAAGCUCACUCGAAGGAUGAGGAGGAGGACGAGAAGGAGGAGGAGGAGGAGGAGGAGGAGGAGGACGACGACGACGACGACGACGAGGAGGAGGAGGACGGGGAGGAGGAGGAGGAGGAGGAAGAGGAGGAGAAGGAGGAGGAGGAGGAGGAGGAGGAGGAGGAGGAGCGACACGGCAAUAUUGAAGGUCCUCAACUUCUGGCGAUUACGCCGACUUCGGGACCUACAACAGGUAGUUUAAAUUGCCGGUUCUCAUCUUCAAAACUUCCCGCCAGGUCGACGUAUAAAGUAGACAUAAGAGUUUACGAAGUUUCGCCUGUUGCGAAGAUAGGAGCUAACCGUCUCCCCCCCCCCACGACACUGAUUGAUUCGGCUUUAACGUUUAAGACACAUCAAGCAAACGAAAGUUGGAGUCUUUGGAUGCUAUUGUUGGAAGUCACUGUUUCAGUUCGCUGACGUUCUUCAGCACCGUCGCCCACUGUCAAAAAGUGGCCUGCGUAAUCAACAUAUACUCCUGCUUCUGAGAUUUCUAAUUACAGACUAUGUAGAAUAGGGAAAUUCAAAUGGAUAGAAUGUGCUUUUGACAGAUAGAGUCGAACCACCGACCUCCUGACUUCACACUAGCAAACUAAGCGUCUAGAUACGAUGGCGGGAUUCCCAAUUAUGCAAGAAGAAUCGGUAUUUCCUGACUAACUAGCAAGGCGAUCCUAAAGGUAACUUAGACCACGUUUCUGUUCUAUAAUGCCUGUGCCAGGCUCAAACGGAAAUAAAAAUGAAGCCUUGGAGUGGCUGGCUUUUUCCUUGAUCGCUUUAGUUUCACUGACUUGACAGCUCUUCUUAUGUCUGAUUGUGCACAGCGUGACCUGCAUGUGCUAUGAGUCGUCAUUGUGCUGGUGGUAGUCAUUCAACCUGAUGCGUCGCCGGCCAUCUCUCGAAGCGAGCUAAACAUUAGAUCAGCUUUGGUCGAACCCAGGGCUAAACUUACGGAGUCCACUACAGCCAUCGCCUCGUGACGUCUGGGAAGUUUCUCUGUAAGUUCUGAUAAAUCAAAGGGACAUGGGUGUUCUGGUCGUCUAAGCUGACAUAUGGAAACCACAUCAUCAGCAUGAUCCACCCAGUUCUUAGACUAUCUCGGCCUAGAUCGACCAAUCUUCUAAUAUUAAAAGUAGGCUUAGUGUGACCCGCAUGUAUUUCAAUGUGCUUUCUGGGGCCUGAUCUCUGUGUUGUCGAAUGCCGAUCCGACAGGCGCGUCAGGGGUUAUCAUUUGGUUUCUCCAGAAUACUUGCAGACACUAUCGUUGCAGCAUGCGUUUUAGACAACUGCAAAGAUUUAGGCGAGUGGUUUAUAUUUUAUGCUCAUGAAUAAGAGACAAGCAUCACCGCGAGGUUUUUCGCGCAUGUUAACGGCUUUUCUGCUCGUCCGAUAGACUCUUGAAGCGGUGGGAAAUUAUGAUACUAUCAGUAAAUGUGUGCCUCGGGGCUUCAUUUAAUGACGAACAUCGUCGAAUAAAUUAGUCAAUGUAAUUGUUCUUACUGAAUUACACUAAUGGGACGAAGAUUCUUCCUUGUUCUUCCACCAUUAAACUCGCCUGAUCUCUCUCCAUUUUUAGAAAAAAGAUGGACUAUAGUUAAAACUGACCCAAGAGCAUGUGCAAUACGUUUAUGCGGUUCCUUGAUCACUAAAAGGGCAGUCUUCUAUUUUUUCACUAUUCCUCGUCUUUGAGGAGGGAUUCACGUGAAGUUCUCUCUCUUUCCCCGGAUGCUACACAUUUCUGAGAUUGAUAUUUGACUUUUAAGGCUUAAACUGCUACAUCAUCUAUCCUGACCACCUUGUCUUGUUGUCAGGUAAGAGAGGGAGAGAGGGAAAGGUGAACUGCGCGAGUAUCCUCCCUCUCCAAGCAACAAUUUCCACCCUUGUGUCCAACCGCAGGGACCGAAGUUGCCACAACAGAUACAACCUGCAGACAGUUGGGUGCUAGUAAGAAAAAAAUGAACGGUGAAAAGUACUAAAAGGCUAGAAAGAGAAUUUAAGAUCAAAAAGACUACCAAGGAUUUCAUUCUGACUCAACUGUGAAAAACUUGGCGACUUUGGUGGGAUUCGCACUCACUACAACAAUUGGAAGGCUUUAGCACAAACAACGCUCUAGCCAGCUGAGCUACAAGGCCCCAUCGAUAAAUACCAAGAAUUUAGCAAAAGAGGGGAAUGCAUAGAGAAACCUAAGUCAGGGAGCAGGGCUUCUUGUUUGAAAAGCCGUCAAAGGUAAAGUUAAGGGGUCUGCACAAUUAUGUAUUCCGACAUUAUAUUAGCUGCAAGAGUUCUUUCUCCUUCGGCUGAACAGCCAUCUGAGGUCAUUAGUUCAAAGGUUGAUAGUUCAGAAAAAUAUCUUAACUGCCUGUGCCGAGUUCAGUCGAUGGGGAAGGUUUAUUGCUCGAAAGUAUACUGUGGGAUAACAACAAUAUCUCAGAUGGUAAGAGCGUUUGGUUAAAUGCGCUGUGGCCCAGUGAACCUUUGGGUGCUAUUUACAACUGACGGCCCAUGUACGUAAACUGAUUUUUUCUAUAUAUUUGCUGUUUAUUGGUGGUAUUUCUUUAUAACGCAACUAUGAUGAUAUGAGUCAGAACGAUUUCAAGUAGCAGAAACCUGAUUGCUGGUGCAGAAACAGUCCUGUUCCACUUUUUUACUAAUUUCCUUUAGUUUCCUCGUUUUUAGUCGUCAGUAUUCACUUAAUAAUAAUUCCGCAUAGCACACGAAAACAUGUUACCAAAAACUUGAUUUGUUUGGUUGAAAGACACGAUUUUUUGCAACCAUGUACUUACGACCAUGAGGAUGGUUUUAUUGCCCAUCCAUAGACAAUGGAAAAGUGGCGUCCGCCAAAUUUUAUAAAGCAACUUAAGAAUGAUCUAUUCGUUGUCUAUAGCCUUCAUCACACUUUAAUGUGCUGCUGAAUAUGGUAUACCAACUUUUUUAAAAAAGGAAAUUAAUUGUUUAGAUAACGUGAAUGCAAUUCCCUCCACUUGACUGCCGGUAGACUGUGGAUCGUGUCAUAUGGGAUUGGUGAUAAGGUUAGUUUUACUGGUGGGGCAGCACACUAGACAGUAAGCUGAUAAAAGCCCAUAUGACGUGACCCACAGUCUGUCAUCCGUUACGUGGGGUUCUUCUCCAUACCGUUCCCUACAGACUGCUUACAGCACAUCAAACCAACUUUUUCACCGAUACAACCGUUCACUUUCCAAUCUUUAACAAUCCCUAGCAGUGCGGAAUAUGGUCUCUAGGACGAACUGCUUUACAGAAUAGGUGAAGGUGAUACUGCAUAGUAUAAGCGUCCUCCUUAUGGCUUAAUUGCCUAAUACACACCCGUCCUGUACUCCAUUAAGGCGCAUCUCAUAAACGCUCCAUUUAAAGGCUUAAGUUCUGCACAGUGAAUCUUGAAGUUUUAAAUUCUUGUCCUUCUGCAAACUGGAAUAGAAGAAUUUUUGAACUCGUUCUGAGCCGAUUUUAUUGGAAAAAGUCGUUAAUCGAAAUCUGUCCUUUCAGUCAAAAGUAGCACAUGCUCCUCGCUGUAAUGUUCUGUCGGAAGUUUUAGACGGGAAAAAUUAGCGUACUGACUGAACACAAAUCAUUUAUCUACAAUGCAGAUGAUUUAUGCUCAUUUUGUCACAUGCGGAGGCGACGUUUGCUAAAUGCUAAUUGGCAGACCAUAUCUGAAUCACGUGUGAUUAGCAUUCGUUGGUCUGGCCUGCUUACAGGAUGACACGCUUAGUAGGACGUGUUACGAAAGCUUUUUACUGCCUUCUUCCACAGGAACCGAACUCUACCCCCCGAGCCAUCUCCGAGGUUUUUUAUCAACGCUGCUGUACGCCGGAGCGCAUAGUCUGAGGCGCAGCAAAAUGUUUCUGAAUCACCUGUUCCAUUAUGACCUAGAAAAAAACCGAGGGCGUUGAUUGCUUCAUUUUCGACACUUGCACCACCUCGUAAAACUACUCGGCAUGGGUGAAGCACGUGACAGUCUAGAGAGCGGAGUGAGCAUCUACACACAGGCUACUUCUAUACUGCAAGACCCCCACUGGUUAAUCCACCUGAACUCUACUACGGUAAAUUAACUGCGUAGAAGAAUGUUCAUCCGACAGUACUUUGAAGCCAUUGCCUCACGCAGACUUCGUGCAGUCUAAAACUGCCGCGGACACAGCAAGACCUACGUGGUGUCUGACCUAUUUAUCCAGUUUUCAGAAAUGUAAUGGAACACUUUCAAUAAUGGCGUCUACAGUGUCGGGGUCUUCGUCGUCGUAUGUCUAACUUUUUGCGCCCAUUCCUAGCUUUUUGUCUGAGGACUAUUAGUAAAUUCCAGUCUUGCGCUUCGGAGGGAUUGUCACCUGUAUGCUACCCUUUUGGCGAAGAGGCAUAGAGGGCCAAUGUUCAAAGGAUGAAAAUUUGAGAACAAAUAUUAUGCUCAUCAACGAAUCUCUGCCGUGGUCUUUAGUCCGCACAAGAGGUCCGUCCUAAGAUACACAUUUCAACUCACGGAACUGAUACUUACGCCGUCACUGUCCAUCACUGCCUCACAAGGUUGCCGGUAUGGUGAUGUAAGUAUGACAUUGUUUAUGGUGGCAUGAACUUUCCAUGCAUCUAGUACACUCUUCCUACCCACACCUACCACAUUCCGAUGGCCAGAAACUGAGGCCAUCGUUGCAUUCGGUGUCUGUUGGUACUUGAGAAUCUGUCUCCCCCAUGCUGGUGGCAAUUCCGAAGUUUGAUCAGCCGGAGGCAAAAAAGGUCCACGCCGCGCUGCAUGCUCGGUCCGGCUGUGGUGUCCAGCACGCAGUCGCCCGCGAACAAGAGAUCGCAGACUGUGGUCUGUUUGCGCCGGAUAUUAGGAAGCCGGCCGUUGGCUCGGUAGUUGAUGUUGUUUCGAGGCCGUCCCUCACGGUGACAAUCUGGCCGUCAAGACCGACGAUAUUUACCGUAUGCUCCAAAACAGGGCAGAACAGGGACGGUGACUUGCCCCGAAUCUUUCUUACAGUGAUAGUAGACUUGCGAAGCGCCUGACGCACUCACUCCUCCCCACCCGGAUCCCAUGUUAAGACAGAGUCAAGAAGACCGGGAGCGGAGAGGGCGCAGGUUGCUGGCACGGCGGAAACCCCCAUCUAGACGUACCACCACACCCCCUGGUCCACAAACACUUGAGCAAGAAUUUAUGGGAGGACGACACGGAUCCCAAUUUGCACGACACGAGCCGGCCACUGGGUCUGCGGCCACACCCCAAAUGUAGGCAUUUGUUGUGGAUGUACAUUCAUGAUAACGCCUGCCAGCCUCUGAUCUAGCCCCCUGUUAUUCCAGCGCUAGCGAGUGCGUGCGUGAUGAUUUUCGAAGAUUUACCUGUUGUCUUCAAGGUCUCGCAGGAUUGACCCUUGUCUCCACUUUUCGUGCAACAGUAAGGUGAAAUGCCGAUUAGUUGGAGGCAUCUUGUGUGUAGAGUCCGGUUGGAAUUUACUCAGCGCCAGAGAUUCUUCACUUAACACCUACUGCUCUGAUUGUUCUUUCGUAGGGUACAGCAAGCAUUUUUUGCCGUCUGAGGACGUCUGAUAAUGAUUUCCUCGGAGGGUGCAGUAGGUUGAUUGAGGACGCCAAUCACGUGCCCGGAGCGGUGCAGUUUAUUGCGACUGAGGGGGCGUCGACUAACUUGAUGGUUGUUGAGAGAGUGAGAGAGAAUACCAUCCUAUUCUGAAAGUACCAUUCCGAAAUUUUAAUCAAAAAAGACUCCAUUCACGGUGGAUAAAAUCGACACGCAAAACAGAUAACACCAGAAGAUCACAAGCGGAAACUGCUGAGAACUGCAGCUGUCGACAACAUGAAGAAUCGCCGGUGAAUGAGUUGUAUGACGUGCAUCAGAUUUGACUUCCUUCAAAACUGCGCUAGCGUGGUGUGCAGGUAACCUCAUUAUUGUCGUUCAGAUAGUCAAGGAGGGAAAAAAGCAGUAUAUAUUAGUACAAUAGGCCAACGGAUGUACAUAUAAGAAAAUUCUCGUGUGAGUGAAAAGCAGAAAAAAGUGGUGGCUCAAUUUUGAAAGCCUGCCAAGAUGAGUUGUUUAUUUCUGCGCGUUGUCUGUGUAUCUUUGAAUUCCUUCUUACUUGCAGAUCGAUCGGUCAUUUUGCACUUUUUUCGGUCUUUGUUUCACCUGGCUUCAGCAUUACAGCAACGCGUCAUUGUCUGCUUCGGUUCGGUUGUCCAUCUGACUACUAUGUGGUGUGUUUCCCCACACGAGAAAACCCACAUUUCCGUUAAACGCGCAAAUAUGGACCUCGAAGGGCUACCUAAUUCAGUGUCCGAACUUAAACCCUAACACCAACUCUAACCAUCUGGAAUUUAGCGCAAGACUGCCCGAGAUGGGGAGGGGGGGUGUUCGUAUUCCUGUAUCGACUGCGAACUCCUCCGUCGUUCAUUCUGGUCUCUAUGCCGCGUUUACUCAGAUCCUGCAGUGCAGUAGUUACCUUCCUUGAAGCUUCCUCACAUUGAGACCACUUGUGAAGUUGAAUUUGCAAUGUCAACUCCCGAUCGUCAAGGUUAUUGCCUAUCCAGUUUUCCGUUAAUGUCGCCUUUUGACGAGUGUGUAGUCCAGCAGCCCUCAGUAACUUGACCUAGGCUUCAUCCACGUCGUCUUCUCCCGAUUCUAAAGGCGACAGUUAGAGUUGGCAGUGGAGAGGCUGUGUUCCCUGCGUACUGGCAACAGGCGGAGGCUGUUGUUUUUGCAGUUGUUGACUAUUUAGCGGCCUAUAACGCCUUUGCAGCUUACGUGAUUUGGGUCUAAGGGGACUUUUAGGAUAUCGAGACCGGCAAAACUGCCCGUCCUAAUCACAGACAUGAGGAUAACAUGCAGUUUUAUUGGAGAAAUUGUCUGCCUCAUCGUGGCACUUAUGAUCGGAAGAAAGGAGAGGGGACUGUAAAAAAUAUAUUGAUUAUAUUGACUCCUAAGCACCGGAUAUCCGCAUCUGGUUUAGCGCGUCGAUCAGUAACUUUCACGGGGGGUGUGGCUACUCUGUGGAUCACAGUCUACGGGAGUCGCGGGUAGGAAUGAGGUGCCAAAGACAGCUAUGUAACGGCAUUCGCUAAGUUGGUCCGUAUGUUUGUUAGGCCCACAAGUCCAUUCGUUUGAAAAUACUCCCGCCACACACGCCUACGGGCUUCGUGUAAGCGUCCAAGUACAGCGUGAAUCCCCUGUUCGUAACAUACAUGAACUCUGGGGACAGCGUAGGUGAGACGCGGUGGCAAACGCCAGCGUCAAAUCGGAAGCUGCGGCACAGUCCGCGCUCACAGCAGUGCAACCCAGAUGGCGGAAGCUACUGCCAUCCCCAUCAUUCCUUUUCGUCGUGGAGGAUUAAGUGGGGGGGGUCCGACUCUCACCUUGCAUCCUGGUAGGAUGAUCUCAGAUCCAGUACAAUUCCAGCGAGAAGAGUCGUUUGCUUGUUCACAGGCGUACAAAUUCACGAACUAAUCCUUCUUUUCCAAUCAGAAAGGACUUAGUUCCCUCUGGUAGGAAUCUGAAGCUACCGGCUAGCAACUACUAGUGUAGCGCAAUAGCUACUCACUCUAGACUGUCAAAUGUAAUCGUUUUGUAUUUAUGUGGUUCAUCAUAACAGCUGCUCUCCAGCUCCGCGCUGCUGAUGAUCUAUGUGUGUCUUGGAAAUCUCUGCAGCAAUAUGUCUUGACUGCCUCCAUGAAAAAAUCCUUCAUGGUGUUUAUUAAAUUUGCUUUUCCAAGGUAACCAAGGUUACGCUAACCCCCCACCCUCAAAGUCUUUCCUGUCUGGCUUUUCUGUAGGCAAUUUAAUGGUUAAAGUGUAUGGUCGUGGCCUGGAGGAGUCAGUGAUGCGACACGCGGUGAUACUGGUAGACGACUGCACCCUCCGUGACUCCGACUGGAGCUUAGCCAGUGUCGGCGAGGCAGGUGGGACUCCGCAAGGUGCUACUCACUGUCUGACUAUUCGUCUGCCAACCCCCCUCACUGCUGGUCGUGUUUUCGUCGAGCUUGAGACCGUGGCUCACGGACGUUUGCGCUGUCCUCAGGCUUUCAUCGCGGUGGCAGGCAGACCGUCCUACGCUGCGCGGGGAACAGGCCAAGGUGAGUACCUUCACUGACCUGCUGUAAUCCUAGGUGACUUUAGCCACGCCAGACUUGGCCGGAGGUGAUGCGACGGCCAGAGCGGAACCGGUGCCUUCAGCUCGACCCGACGACUUAUCUCCUGAGGGUACGUUGUCUCUCGUCUCAUUAGCCUUUGCCGAAGGUUCUUUUGUGCAGAAUUUAUUGUUUUACGGAGGGCACUUUUUUUGCCGGAGCCUUCUCGGGUAGGAAAGCAGCUAGCGAAGUCGACCGCUAGUAGAGAUGUCCGAAUCCACGGUCAUUUGAUUCCUCUCCAAACAGACCUAAGAUCAUCGGUGUUACGGUUAUUCGGUUUCUGAGAAGCUGCUGCAGCAUCGAUGUGGCAAGCACCAAGAUGAUGGUGAACAAAGGGCGAUUGGGGGUGGCGUCUCUCGCAAUCCCAUAACCCAUUACUGUCCUCCCCUUCCGCCCAGCAUUCUCACGACCAGCUGCCGUGAAUCGUGUGUCAUUCGCUCGUCGAGACCCUACAAAGUUUGUCAACAUGUCAUGCUCCUUUUGUUGUUUCUGAGUCUGACGAUUCGCGAGGACAAGCUGCUCUCCUUUUUUCAGUCAUUCCGGCUUCAUCUGUUCUCGUCUUUCCCCGACUCCACUGAUUUUGUAAUUCUUAUUUAGCUGUGUAGAAGGUUACUCCGAGUAUCUAAUUUUCUUGGUAACUGGUAAUUAUACGGCGAGAUAAAAGUCUGUGGGGCAUCAUUUGGGGCAGUCAUUUUCCCUUACAGUUUGGUAUUUGAUUCUUUUUUUUCUCUCUCAGAAUAUUGUCUUCAACAAUUGCGUACUUCCUAUGUAAAUGAGUAGUUUUUGAUUUUGCAGUGUUAUAGUACUGUAUAGUAAACUUUUAAGGACUAUCUGUUGAACUUUCAACUGCCCUUCUCUUUCCGAAGGCAAGUUAUUGGGCUGUUUUAGACUCUGCUGCUUCUGCCUGCCGACGUCGCGAAUCCCAGAGUUGCCGUAUGAACUACGUCAGUUAUUUUUUCCUCAUAGCAGCCGUUCCGAACACCUCAAAAGCUUGAGGUCCUGUGCAUUGUUUGCCUCGUUGCUAUAGUAAUGGGCGGUGGCCGUACGAACGUGAAGCCCCUGUGCACUCUUGGUGGACAACGCAGAAAUAGACAAUUCCGAACGCGUCUAUGCUGCCCUUGUCGGCAGAUAAUUUAAUUUCUUCACUCGGAGGGGGGGCAGUCAUAACUUAAUGACUCAACCUUAAGGUUUAUGUGGCAUUUAAAAGGGUCCCUUACAGAGGACUUACAUGAGGUGGACUAACUCAUGAAAUGUCAGUCGAAAUUUCCAAAUGCGUUCCUGUUUAGAAAAGAUUAAUUAAUUAGGGUAGCUGUGGUAGAGAGUCGAAAUUCUUCGCACCUUGCCAGACGAUUCCAACUCUUCCUUAAGAUGUUCCCAGUAUUCUGAGUAGGAUCCCAUCCAUUGCUUUUCCGAUUCUCAGUUAACCUGGCAUAAGUGCUUGCACUGCCACUCAGACGGUCAUACAAGUUCUCCCAGAAAUAACGCUCUGGCGGGCACUUUGUCUCUUAAACAUGCGAAACACGCAACCCAGCUAAAUGGUGCCACGUGGGCCAAUAAUAUCCAUUUUUAAGUUUCUCUCUACACCCGACACUUGGAUGCCCUUAAUCCUGCCAUGUCACCUUUUCGAUGCAUGCAAUCUUGCCCCUAGGAUUAGUGGGUAGGGGGACAGAACGAACAGCAUUCUGCUUUUAAGCGGACUUAAACCAGAAUUCAAUUCGAUUGCAAGCAGUAGACAGCAGACCCGUGUUACCUACGUCCAACACGUCACAGUGUUGUUCGCUUGAACAUCACUGUUAGAAGGAAGUUCGCGGUUGUUCUCGCCUACAUGCGAUGUUAAUCAUAUCACGCUGUCAAUUAUCAUCGAUGAGGCGCACUGUUCUCGCUUACUCAUUAUGCACGCCACCGCACACAGCCAGGGCUCAGUGGGUAAUACCAGUUCAUUUCAGGAGAGUGCAGGUGUGUGUUUACGGCAGUGAGCCCGGUAGGCUGAGCAGACUGCUCACCGUGAGGCUCAGAACAAGUGUGCAGAGACUUUAUAUUGAUAGGAUGUCACGUGAUGCCCCGAGUCACUUAACUUUUUCCGCGGCCUCAUAUUUUUAUGCAUGUGGAUAUAGGCGGAACUGCUGACCCCACGUGUUGGGAGGGAAGCAGAAGAUAAAGCUACCUCUGUGGAGGGUGGCUUAUUCGUCUGACCUUUUGCUCUCAUAUUUGAGUGCAUCAUCAAAGAUAGACGAAAAUGGGAAAAGUGUUUUUAUUAAUUCUUUUUGUCUCACUCCUGAGAGCUCCCUCAUUCUUCGUUCUCACUGAUUCUCCUUUCAUGCCUACGUUUUGUUUUGCAGUCUCAUAUGGUGCUGGUAGGUCAACUCUAGGGUUGGUUAGGUUGUCGUUAGAUUACCGGUCCUCGAGUCUCUCUUUCUCUCUCGCCAGUUUGUUUUCUUCUCGGCUGAGUACUUUGACCUUGCCAAAGUCGAACCGAUGAUUGUUUAUCUGACGGUGUAUGGAGACAUGGGAUCAUGCAUCUUUCCGUUUUACGGCCAAAGCACGUUCAUGCAUGUGUGUUCUUUGUCGUUCGUCGGCCAGCCGUUGAAAAUCGGAACCGUAUUUUGCUCAUUUUUGGCGCAUGUCCGACAACUUGAUCGCUGAGCGGACUUCUACCACAGUUAAUACUCCCAAACGACACCAACAGAACAACGGGCCCGUGGCUCCAUGGUAGGGCACUGGGCUUAAUCACGUAUGUUGACCGAAGAACGGGGUUUCAAAUCUCAGGCCUUGCAAGCCUGUGAUCGCGUAAAGCUGGCUGACAACGUCUGAAGAGACAGUUAUUUCUAAUUACCUCCAGUUUGUCGUUUAUGUAAAGCAGAAACAGUAGUUCUAGGAUUGGCUUAGCUACACAAGGAAUUGUAUAACGGCGGAUAGGAGCUUUAACGUGUCCGCCGGCGAUGGGGCUGAAAGACGCGCAUCGUGUACAAUACGUUCGCUAGAGAAUCUUUUUCCCCCACCUGUCAGGCGAAUUUCUCGGUUUGACUGCAAUAUACCGCAUUAAAAGUACCACAUGGAAUCUUGUAGGGUACUUUUUUAUCCAAAUAGUCAAUCCUAUCCUUAAGGUGUACAAGCUAAUUGCAUGGCGGAGUCCUUGGUUUGUGUGCCACUUGUAUUUGCUGCUUCCUGGGGUGUCUUUCGAUGAGUUCAGACACAUAUUUAAUAUAAGGAAGCGUUCGCCAACCCUUUUGGUUUUGGCGCCUGAUCGGUAUAACACCUUUGUCAUGUAUAUUCAUGCUAAAUAGGCUCUUAUCGAUCGGUUUAUGGAACGUUCUCGUUUCUCUGUGCCUUAGAGCUCCACCUAGAACCCUUGCAGGCAGUCGAACAGCGAUUAGUAGUCGAUGUAAAUCAGAUGGUACCGACGAAGACAAGGGAGACCGGAGUGGCCAUUCCUGGCUUAUUAGCCGUUACCGACCAGUCAUAACCAGCCCAAAGUGUGGAUCAGCUGCGAUUCGUAUCGGAGAUUUUCGGUUAUUGAGUGUGAAGCCUUACCAUUUAGCCAGGUACCCGCUGUCCCGUCGCUUAUGAUCGGCAGAUAGACCGGCAUUUAUGAGGGGAGCUUAGACGGCGGCUACUUCAAACUUAGUCAUGCGGACAUCAAUCAACCCUACUUCUGGCUGGGCGCAAAUCUAUUUGCAUAAGCACACUGCAUACUCGGCCUCACGAGUGAGCGAGAUCAAACCGGUGUCAGAAGUACCCUAAAUACAAGAUUUCGCUGGUGCCUUCCCGCUACUCGGUCAGUGUCGGAGCACAUCUGUCACGUAUUCAGACGGGAUUGGCGCCUGGUGACUGCGAUCGCAAAAUGACUGCUUCUGCCUGGUUAGAAAGCCACCAAGUAAACUGCACCAGAGGUUGACCUAUGGAGAAUGAGCGCCCGAGAGAGAGAGGGAGGUCAGUAUGCUAAACCUUUUCUCACUUUAGGGGUCAGACUGAUAUUUUCCACUCGGUUGAUUUGCUAUCUUGUGACUGGUCGAUUGACCACGAGCUCUACCACUUGAUGACGCCACCACCUUUUGUUGACACCUCAAUUGUGUCGGCUUGUUCCUUCUUUUUUAUUCCGCCUCCGUCGCUAUGCGAAAAUUUUCGUCUCCAGCGUUGUUUUUGAGGCCAAGCGACACCACAGCUCCCCCGUGUGUACUGUCACAUGACCCAACUGCAGGCCUCUGGUUUCAUUAUUCAUACGCCACGUUUGAGCUGGUAGCUUCCUAAGUGGGAAUCCUAGUUGGUGUGCACAUGAAGGUCGGGCAGAGAACAUUGGGUUUCCAAGCCAAAUUCUGAUUGCACCCAUCUUGCCUAUUUAUGCUACACCUCGCACGAAAAGUCCAGCUUUCUUUCUACACCGAUGCUGCCCUUGGUGGAGGAGGGGGGUGUCGUAACUAUUCCUUGUCGUAGUUAUUACGUCGCUUAUUUGGGAAUACCUGCCUUUACCUUAAAACUAGGACAUUUUCAGCAAAAUGAAAGCGUUAAAAAAGUUAUGUUCUCAUUGGCGGAAAUUUCCCACAUUUCAGUUCUUGCCGCAGUAGUUUAGCAGAACUCUUCGAAUGAGUCGUCGGCUGCGCUUCCAUUGUUUACAUGUGCGCUGGUGUGCUCUAAAGCAUCGAAAAUUUUAAAAAAUGCGUGCUAACUUGUCAAUCGGUAAGAGGAGGCCGCCGGUGGCUCUCAGGUUUUCUCUCUGUGCUCCUACCCUAGAAAAACGGACUUUUUUCGAGCCCUACCAUUUUUUGCAUGAAGAAUACCUUUGAAUGGAACAGAAACAUAACGCAGACUACAACUAACCCAUAGUAUCAUCACGAAAUAAACUCGAAAAUACAAACAGAACAACUACAAAAAGUUGGGUUUAGGUGCGAAUGCAUGCGAAUUUACUGUGAGACAUCAGAUGUUUUUGCCGCGUCAUCUUAUUUAUGCUAGGUUUUAAUUGAGGUGAAAAAAUCCCUAUCUCCUGAGCCACUAGAAAAACCGUUUGGAUUUUAUUUCGUAGCCGUAUCUGCAGCAGACAAGCCCCAGUAGCCUGUCAUACGAGACCAGUGGUAAAAGGGGGUUUAACCCUAAGCCCAACCUCUAACCCCUUACCCCUAAGUCCAUUUAUUUAUUAAAUCAGUUCCCAAAAACGCCCUUUUUCACACGCAGAAUAUGUGUAUGGAUCGUUUUGGCAGCCAAAAUGCUCACAAAAUUGAGCAGAAAUCUGUGUCACCUUGUAUUCGAGCAGUUUCUCACAUUAGUAGCUGUAAUUGACUAAAUUUACGUAUUCGUCAAUGCCCUUCUAUCAAAGGAGAGUAAUCUUAUUUCGUGGGUUUUGCCAAACGAAACGUGCCGCUCUUGAAAACGGCCUUUUUCUCCAAGUAUAUCAGAUGGAGGAGAGUGUAAGCAGGAAGGUUGUUUUUAUAAAACUUGUAAUUUCGUCUAUUUUAAAAGUCAGAUUUACAAAUAUGCGUGAUUUUAUGCAUGAAAACGCAGUAAUAAUGCCUGCAGGCAGUCCUUUGUCUAAACGUCCCGACAUUUUUCUGCCCAUUGCGAAUACCCAAAAACCUACUGCGAAAGGUCCUCCACGAUAUAAGCAUAUGCUAAAGUUCUUUUUAUGUAGUUUAGUUUCCACUUGUGCCUAGUUUAUAAACGAAAGGGGCAGCUGGUCAGCGGUUUUACCGAUAUCUUAGUAUUUUUAUAGCCACCCUAUUGUGCAUUAAUAAUCAUAGAACGGAGCCCUAAGGUAAGCAAAUAUAGCAAAAUGGCUCCUACAACAUUUUUCCGGGAAUGAAAAAACUACCAAAGGGUCCAAUUUCACCUAGUUAGAGCGCUUUUAAAAUAGAUGUAACUUAUGAGAGGAAAGAUUGCAUCUGAACCAGAACCUAUUCAUUGCCGACUUCCAUUGUGUACUCUCAUUUAUCUCGGCGAUGGUGUUUCAUGUUUGAAGGAAUCUACAAACUUUGACUCAAACGGCCAUCUGCAUUAGAAAGAAUCCUAUGCACGCGCCCUUCGGCAAAUGCUUUCAUCUUGAAGGUUUUGAUAAUCAUGUGGGCGACAGAAUCUACAUUUAUGAAAAAUCGAUUGAAAACACUGAAAGUCGUUAAGUAUUCACCGCUAUUUCAUGGACGAUAUAGAAGGUCCCCUUGAGCUACCCUAAGCUACUGGACCAGCGCCUGUUAGCAACAGCAGAAGCAGCCGCCAUCAGGUUACGAAAACCGGCCCUAUGCGCCCAAAAGAACCUUGUUCAGGCUCCGCGCUUACCGUGGUCGAAGGUUGACUAACCACAUGAACUUUCUGCGCCCUUCCGCUCUUGCCCAGCCUGGGAUUUAAAAACUCAAUUUUAUCGAUUUUUUUCACCUACUGUACCCCGUCCUAUGUAACUGUAUUGGCCUGACGAGAAGUUACCGAAAGGAACGUUCGCUCGCCACUGUCCCUUCUGAACAUAGUUAUGGGGAUUUUCACAACUUCAAAAUUAUUUCUCAAACUUAAAAAAUGUUUAUGUGCCUCUUUGCCUGACUGCUGUCUGCAGUGUUGAGAAAAACUAUAAGAAAAUCAGUGUUUUGUUAUUUCUAUACCUUAAAACCGCAUGUUGGUAUGGUUUUGAGGUUUGAAUCACAUUCCCAACGAUAUCUGAUCCUAUUGACCAAACCUACGAGUUUGUCUCGCAUAUUUAUGUGUCUUACUAUAACCGCAGCCGCUGGCUAGUAGCAUUUCGGUAGUAGAAUUGCACAGGACUAGCUCUCUCCCCCCUGCCUAUUCUUCCUUUAAAAAAGGCCUCGAUUCGUUUCAGAUUUUAUUCACGUCCGAAACCACGAUUUUUGCAGGUGUGUCGCAAAACAGAGCAAAGUUAAAGAAGUCGGCCUGUCGCACUCCUAAACUGGCCAGGGUUGUGAUUUGAAUAUUUUUUGAAACGAUUAGACUUUUCAGACACAAAUAUACGCUUACAGCGGAUGUCGGUGCAGGAUUUCUCCGGCUAUUCUGUUGGUCUUGGGUUGACUAACACGUGGGUGUCAUGUCAGGGUGCUCCGAACCCUGAACGUGAGGCCAGACCUCUGGCAGUUAAGGAGACGCUAGCAGCCUUCACUGAUCUUAACUAGUAUAGUUUUGUUGCGACGGUUUCGAGGGUAAGUCGCAGUGUAAUGGACGACGACGACAACUUACCCAAAUAAAAAGUCAGAGAAGCGAACCUUGCAGGACAGUUCUUUGCUCUGAUCCUAAACAUAUAAUCAACUCAAACAUCAGCUCCACCAUUCCGAGGGUCAGUUGUUGUUGUCAUCGCGAGGCGUGAGCCGCACCCGGCUGCGGCCAAUCAAAAAAGACCAGAUUGCCGAUGGGCGUCACGCUUUAGCCAAGCCGCGGAAUAAGCCACAAGCGCCGCAAGCAUUUAACUGACAAGCGGAUGGGGGAGGUUGGGUCGCAGUCGUUACGCCGAGUAGACUAUCAUGGGUGACCCCCAAGGCCGUGUUAUUAUGCAUUUGUUUAGUUUUCAAGGUCAUCGUGCCGUUGUAAAACGCGCGUCCUAUCUCCAUCGGUCCUGUACAUGAGUUAACCAAGACACAUUGAUUUUCCGCAGCACCUGAGUGAUGCCUUGAAGGUGUUCUUGUUGCUUUUUCUACGUCCUCCUUUCCCGUGGGACCUCUAGCAGUGUCUCACGGAAAAGUCUUUUCUCUAAACAUUCAUCAAUGUUUCUUAGAACCCGGAAGAAAAAUCGAAGCCGAAUCUGCUCCAACAGUUCAACAGAUGUUCAGCCUGACAGCCGAUUUUUUGUCCUGUACCUCCCGGAUCCCUCUUUGGUGAGACUUCAUCUUCAAGGUCCUCGACGACAGCAGUGGCAACGAGGAUUUAUUUUCUUCGCCUGGACCCGGCGGCGCUUUACAGUUCCUUAGAUUGAUAUUGAGGGGGAUAUAUCGGCUGCUCCAGGCUAAAGUUAGUAGCUUGUCGGAGUCUCGGCUGACUUUGGCGACCUGCUGCGAUUAGGUCGUAGGGUGUGUUGCUCAUCGAGAUUAUGCUACCCAGUAGUGGGGCGAUAACUAGUUUUCGUCAGUUCGAACCCAAUGGUGCACGAGGACUGUUUCCUGUGUGUUUAUAUUUAGUCCAAAGUUUUCGCAUCCGAAUGCAAGAAAGUCCAAGUUACGUUGUAUGGCUGUGCCGACUUCGUGAAUGCAGACCUCAACAAACGAGUCAAGUAAUUUGGCCUCUGGAACUAUAAUCAUUCCAUUAGUUUUUUAUUUCUUUCGAUGUCAGGACCUUUACAACUGCAGGUUUUUGGAAACAGAUCCCCUCGGACACUUUCGCUGAUAGCAAAUUUUCAGUAACUUGUUGGAAGUUGUUCAGUCGCUCUGACUCAUCAGACAGGGUAGCUUCCUACCUACCUAUAGUUCAUCUUCAUUGUAGUCGGUAUGCUUUAUUUGCAAAGUUGUUGGAAUUUGCGCUAAAGUGCUGGUCAACUGUCGGUUCACAUUGCCUUUCCCCCAUCCGGCCUUCCCUCUUCUAGUAGCGAACUUGUUGAAGGCUGUGGAGGAGGCAAACAAACAGAUAGCUCAGAUGCGAAUGACAGUCUCAGCCCUGGAGUCCGAUGUGGCUGCAAAGUGUUCUGAAGAAGCUCGUAUCUCCGGUGAACUCUACCGUCUUCGGAUGAGACUUCUGGAAGACGGUGGUCUCAAGUAUCUGGAGAGGCAGUAA